AUCUUUCUCUCUUCUUUUUCUUCCUCUUCCUCUUCUCCUCUUUCUAUUUCUUCUUUUUCUUCCUCUUCGUCCUCCUUAUCUUCUACUUCCAACGUAGGAUAAAAAUCUUGAAGACGAAGAUCGAAAGAAGUCCGUCGUCAUGGCGCAUCGAAGCGAAUCCUUCAAAGCACUCUGUCUAUUGUGGUGUGUCUUGGGCAACGUGUUCAGUGUUCCCACACCAACCCCAUCGCCAAUAAAAUUGGAAGAUCACAGAUACACGACGCGUAGGAUACCGAAGACUAUCGUCGACUUGCCAACUCAGAGAACUAGAUUGCCAGUUAACCCAAUGAAUUUGGAGAUGAGGACGUCGACUACGUCGAUACCGAUGACGACACACCACAGAUCCGUUUCCGGAGAAAAUCCACUUUAUCGUUUGAACGGAGCCAAUGGACAAGCUUGCAUCCUCUUGCAAACAGACGCUGUUAUAGCAAUAAAAUAUCGCACUGUUCUAGGCGAAGAUCGAGUGGCAGAUUUAUUUGUGCCCGACGAUGCAAUGGUCACAGGAAAUUGCGACAAUGAAAAUACGGUAACGAUGUCCUUGAAGUGGAACGCUUUUAUGCUCCUAUGGAGCUUCGCCAAGACGCCCGGCGGCGAACGAUGGUACGUUGAGAAAAUCGAAUUGACCUACAAUUCGAGCGACCGACAUUUCGAGCUCGUAGAUCAGCCAAAUAAAACUGUUCGCGUGAGUACCGGCUCGAAACACAGUGCCAUGCUUUUCCCAACACCCGUUGGAAAGUCUUACGCUUGUGACAAUGAAACGGAAAUUCAUUUAACCGAUGGCAAACAUACCGCCACUGUUAUCCUCAGAAAUAUGAAGCUUCAACCGUUCAAGUUUAAGAACAACGAAUUCGCCGCUGAGUUCUCUUGCGCAGCGUUAAGUGCACGAGCAAACGGAGACGAGACCGCACCAGUUGCGGUUGGUUCAACUUUGGCUGCUGCUGUCCUAUUAACUAUCACCGGUUAUGCGGCCUAUCGAUAUUUCAAAGUGAAGAAGGUCAAGUACGACACGAUGGAGUAAAGCUCUUUGCUCUCGAUCAAGGACACUGUCACGAGGACAUGCCAAAGAGAUUACGAAUAAGAGACAGUGAGAAAAAGAGAGUAAGAAAAUCGAUGAAAAAAACAAAGGAAAUGCUCCUUUAGCCGAACUAAAGUCGACAGCAAAGAUCCUUCGCUAUUUUCUAUCCUUUUCUUUUCCUUUUUCGUUUGUUCUUUUUUCUUUCUUUUAUUGUCUUCUUAUUUUUAACGAAGUCUUAAAGCGAAGAAAACCGUAAGAAUUUUAAUCGGACAUAUCAAUAUCAAGAUUCGUACUGGUAAUUACGAAAGUGGUCAAACUUCGAACUUAUCAGCCAACGUUUCUUUUUUUGUUUUGAUAUCAUUUCGAUCAUUAUCUAUAAAAUUAGAAACGUAUCGAACCACUUUCGUAAUCAUCGGUUCUCAUGGUCUCUGGCUGUUUGAAAGAAAGAGACUCUAAUAACGUUCUAUCGUCGAAGCGUUCUGUGAUAUUACAGAACUUUAACACUUGAAAAUCUUAGAGACGGACGUAUCGAAAAAAGGAAAGAGAAAAAGAACAAAAAUAAACAAAAGAGAAUGAAAAACUAAAAGGAAGAAAAGAAGAAAGAAAGAAAGAAAGAAAGAAAAAAGAAGUAAAAGUUACCUACUAAAAAAUAUUAAAGUUAUCUAUUUAUUAAACACCUAUUGCAAAAAGGAAAAGAAAAAAGGUAAAAAAAGACGAAUAGCGUCCGCGAUGAUGGUCGAGUCGGUGUACCUGAGAUAUCUGAGAUUCGAGAUUUCUUUUUCCAAAAACUUGUCAGACAAAUGUAAUAAGAGAAACAAAAUCUCUGAUAGAGAGGACGUUAUCGUUGCGAGCACGAUCUCUCAAUAUUCACUUAUUAAAAUUAUCAUUAUAUCACAUAUCGUAAUGAGCUAGUGGCCAUCAUCUAUAUACAAACUUUUCAUAGGAUUAAAAUAUUUCGCGAAUAUAUUUAGGAAUAUCUCGUUGUACCUUUUAAGGACUUCGAUAAUCAACUCGUGCGACGAUUAAUCGCAUUAGUAUACGAGACAUUAAGAGUACAUUUAUUAUCAAUUAUUGUUAUCGAUUAUUAUCAAUUAUUAUUAAUUACUAUUAUUACUUCUGUCUCUCUCUCUCUCUCUCUAUCUUUCUCUCUCUCUCUCUAUCUCUCUAUCUAUCUCUCUCUCUCUCUCUACGUACGUUUCAUUCGUCUGAAGUGAUAAAGUCCAUAUUCGCAAACUCUGAUGGUUGUAACGAUAGACUUUGUAAAAAAUCGCAGAAGGGUGUUAUUUCAUUCCUUCAGCACAUAUCGUCAUUCCUUUUUAAAUCGUGAUCAGUGUUGCGCGACAUAUUCCUUAUCUCGAAAUCCUUCAUAAAUAUUAAUUAUAAAUAUAUACAUACAUACAUAAAUAUAUACGUAUAUCAUAGAUCGGAAAAUGGUGAGCGAGAUGUUGAAGAAAAAGAAGAAGAAGAAGAAGAAAAAUAACGGAUCGUUAUUAAUUCAUUUCAUUAUUAAAUACGUUAAAGACUAAGUAAUUAGCCCCUCAGGCAGCUAAACUUUUAAAAGAGAAACGAGUAUAAUAGUUAGUUUAAAGUUAACGCAAAUAUUUAUAUUGCUAUUGUAUUCAUAAAUUUCUCUCUCUCUCUCUUUCUCUUUCUCUCUCUUUCUCUUUCUUUCUCUCUCUUUUUCUCUCUCUAUCUUGUGUUUUCUCUAUUUCUUCAUUUCUUAAUAUUCUUUCGUCUCUUUUUUAUAUUAUUUUCUUUUCCAUUUCUUUCUCUUUUAUUCGAUACGUGUAAAUGUGGUUUUCACUCGAAAUAUCUGUAAAUACACAUGAAGUUAAACCGAUCUUAUAUAAUAUAUAUGUAUAUAUAAUUUCAAUAUUAUGACGUUUAAAUCAAUUUUGCAUAAAUCGCGAUCUGACGCAGCUCGCUUUUGUCGUCGUUGCUUUUUGACACGGCUCGUCGAUGAUGGAAAUGUGAAAAGUGUAUAAAAAGAACAAAAAAAAAAAAAAAAAAGAGAAAAGAAAAAAAAGUGAUUGUACGGGAGAUAAAAAUCAAUAUCCCAUUCCGUAUAAUUUUCGUCUCACGACACUGCGCAAUUAUAUUGUAACAUAUCGUGUAAAUAUAUUAUACGUAGAUCGUAACGAUCAACGAAGCUCGACAAUUUCAUAAUAAAAUCUGCGAAAGGAUCGUGAUUAAACGAAUGAACGAUCAUGUAAAAUCGAUUCUUGGAAAUAUCAAUAUCGAGCUUGGUCGUAUCGUCGAACGAAAUUGUUUCAAUAUCGUGAUAAUUCAAAGAUUCGAAACUCACAUCAAUUUAAAGAUUUUAAAUCAAAAAGAACGUUAUCUAUAGUCGAAAGAUAACGCAUAUCGAAAGACCUAAUGAAGAUCAAUAAUGUUAGUUUUAAAUUAUUAUUAAAUUUCUUUAGAUAAUAAUGCGAGGUUAAGACGCACGUAAGAGAACGAACAAAAAGAAGAAGAGGGUAGAAAAGGAGAAGAAAGAACGAAAGAGAGAGAGAGAGAGAGAGAGAGAGAGAGAGAGAGAGAGAGAGAUGAAGAUAAGUUCGACGUUUCUACAGCGUAUACCGACUUUGAUUUUUUUUCCUCGACGCGUAUAACCCAAAAAAGAAGAAAACAAAAAAAAUUAAAAAACAAAAAACAAAACCAAAAAGAAGAAGAAAAAAAAAACAGUCGCAAGAUUAACGAUCGAAGCAAAUAAUUUUGAGGAAUGAAUUUGUAAACGCGGAUACGGCGUUUUUAAAUGUACCGCGUAUGUGCCUGUACGUACGUGUGUGUGGAAAUAUAAUGUAUAUGUAUUUCAUAUAUAUAUAUAUAUAUAUAUAUAUAUAUAUAUAUAUAUAUAUAUAUAUAUAUAUAUACACGCAUUUCACACGUGCGUAUACAUACGCCAUAUAUAUAUGUAAUAUUUACAUUAUCGAUAUAUUAUUAAUAUAACAUAUGAACCUCUGUCUUCCAAGUGCAUAUUAAAGUUACAGAAAACUUCGUGUGUAAAUAUAUUAUAUGAAUAUCGUGAUAUAUGCAUACAUAUAUAUAUAUAUGUAUAUAUAUAUGUAUAUAUAUAUAUACCAUCGUCAAUUCGUGAUCGCUUACGUUGAUCGCGUCAAAGAAUACGAUAAUUGCAGAAUAAAUAAGAAAAAAAAAAGAUAAAAACAGAAAGAGAGAGACAAAGGCACUAUACGAAAAGGAAGAAACGAAAUAUGUAUAUGAUAAAACCGAAAGGACUUCCGGAAAGUUCGACAGCAACAGGAUCGGCUCGCUAUUUUAACUCCAAGAACAAUGGCGUUAUUAUAUAAAAAUGUAUUUUUGUGCUAAAAGUCAAUCUUAUCUUAAAAUUAAUUAGAGACACGAGUAAACGAAUAGCGAUUUAAAUGAAUGAAAUAUUUCAAUUUAACAAUAAUUAUUAACCGUUGUACUUUGCGGCUUCCACUUUGUUAUCGUGUCGUGUUAUAGCUCGUUGAAGAAAAAGAAAGCCGACAAAUGAAAACGAGUCAAUAGUCGAACGAUAUUAGAUCACACACAUUAACCAAAACACAUAUUAUUAGACAAUUUUGCAGUCCCCUCUUCUCUUCGUCCUUCUCGCUGUUACGUCUCGUCUAAGAAGAAAAAGAAAAAAGAAAUAAAAAAAAAAAAAAAUACAAAGAGAAAAAAAAA